AUGCACGUCGCCGUGCUCUUCGUCCUCGGCGGCGCCCUCUUCGACGCCGGCGCGCGGUCCGUGGGCUGCGGCGGGGGCUUCUUCGGCCGCCUCGCGUCCCUCGCCUGGAGCCUGGGCCUCGUCGUCGCGACGGUCUGGGCCGCGGGCGAGUGGCGGCGGAGUCGAAGAGCCGCGGAGAAGCGCGACUUCGAGAGCUACCGCGUCGGCCACGAGGCGGGCAAGAAGUACGUCGCGUCGUCGGGGAGCGACGAAUUGAACUGGUUCGACUACGCCAUGCAAGUCUUCUACGCGCGGUACUGCAGCGACGAGAAGCUGCUGAGCAACUGGGUCCGCGUGACCGUGGAAGCCGCGCUCGAGGGCUUGGAGAUCGCGGGCCUGCGGGGCAUCACGAUCCCCUACCUCGUCCUGGGCCAGAAGCGCAUCCACGUGCUGAAGACGUCGCCCUGGCGCUACGAGCAGCGGCCCGGCGAGCUCUAUUUGGACCUCACGCUCAAGUGGUUCUCCGAGUGCCGCAUGACGCUGGCGUUCACCCUGGCCUCGCUGACGGGCGGCUCGGGCACGGUCUUCAGCGCCGAUUUGACGAACCUCCAGUUCGAGGGCGUGCUGCGCCUCGGGGUUGUUUUUGUCGACAAGAAGCCCUGGGCCGGGACGCUGCACUUAUCCUUUCGCGAGACGCCGUCGAUCGACUUCGACAUCAACGUGCUGUCGGGCGUCACGGGCGGCGCGGGCAUGACGCUGCCCAUCGACCUGAAGAAGGUGAUGACGUGGCCCGAGAAGUUCAGCCUGCCCUUCGACGAGUGGUUCGGCGAGGACCUGCCCCAGGGCCUCGAGGCCCAGGCCGCGGGCACGGGCGACGCCUCGGAGACUAAGUCGUCGAAGAAGGCGAAGAAGACGCCCAUGGCCAAGGGGCUCAUAUGUAUAGAGGUCAUCGAGGCGGACGAGCUCAUGUCCGCCGGCGCCGCGUCGAGCCUCGGCGUCGGCAAGGCGGACCCCUACGUGCGCAUCGACGUCGACGGCGUCGUCAAGAAGACGGCCAUCGCGCGGAAGACGCUGAAGCCGACGUGGUCGAAGAACAACCGGUUCUACCUUUUGGUGAACGACCUCGACACGCGCGUGCGGCUCCGCGUCGUCGACGACCAGCUGCUGGGCAUCAACGACAAGCUCGGCGAGUUCGAGUUCAGCGUGAGCCACUUGAUGGCCGACAAGGUCAUGAUCCACAAGCAGACGCACAGCCCGCGCGGCCGGCGGCUCAAGCACCUGCCGGGCGCCGCGGCGGGCGACGUCGGCGGCGCGCCCCCGGACCGGAGCCUGCGCAGCGUCAUCCGCGAGCACCACACGGCCCACAAGGCGGGGAAGAAGAUGCUCGCCAUGUUCCGCAAGCGCCAGUCCCAGGGCCUCAAGCGGGGCGAGACGCCCGCGGACAUCGCGGAGCGCGCGAACGACUACGGCGACGCGCCCCCCGCGCGCGUGUCGCCCGAGGAUGCCGCGCCGCCGCCGCCGGCGACGAACUCGCCCAUGCGGCCGGAUUCGCCGCGCAAGUCGCUGUCGUCGCCGGACCUGGGGGGGACGCGCGGCCGGCCGCCGCCGAAGCGGCAGCCGUCGACGCCGACGGGCGUCGGGCUCGCCGGGCAGCGGCAACCGUCGCAGGCGGCGAAGAAGCCGUCCGUGCUCCGCUCCGUGAGCGCCAAGCUGCGGCGGCCCCUGGGCAACGUGCCGCCCAUCGGCAGCGAGCACUACCUCGAGAAGGUGCACACGCAGACGGCCGUGCGAGCGGUGGACCUGAGCUUGCUCUUGAUCAGCAUGAAGAACCAGCGCAACGCCGAGGUCGACGAGCACGGCGAGCACAGCAUCUCGGAGAAGGCGACGGCGACGAACGAGCCGCUGGACGUCUGGCUCAAGCUCUGGCACGUGUCGCACGGGCGGCUCCGCGUGAAGAUCAUCUACCGCGACUUCGAGAACACGCUCCUCGCGAACAAUCUGCCCAUGGGCGAGGACCUCAAGCGGCGGAGCCCGAGCGCCGAGUCCGCGGAGCAGGCCGGCGCGGCCGCGCUGACGCCCGCGGCCGCCGCGGAGGAGUCGAAGGGCGCUUUUUCCGACGACGAGCCCGCGCCCUCUCUUUCGCCCUCCAGCGACACGACGGCGACCCUGUUCCUCGCGGCGGUCUACGUCGAGAUCGUCGAGGCCGCGGAGCUCGCGCAGCACGCGAGCCGGCGGGCGCGGAACGCGCAGGUCACGGCGACGGUCGGGCGCGAGAAGUACGCGACGCGCGCCAUGGCGAACGCGAACCACCCGAAAUGGGAGGAGGCGGCGAACUUCUACAUCGCGGGCCUCGAGGACCCGAUCCUGCAUUUAACGGUCGUCGACGUCGAGCAGGGCGGCCUCACGGGCGGCCUGACGACGAAGACGAUGAACGCGGUGGGCAUGGGCGGCGCGGACACGAAGAAGUUGGGCGAGCUCGUCGUGCCGCUCAACGAGGCCCACUUCGGCGACUACUGGCUCACGCUGAACAACACGCCCAGCGGCAAGAUCCACCUCGUGGUCACGCCGCGCUACCUCGACGCGAGGACGUUCCCCGUGCCCGGCGUCGACGACCCCGGCGCGGACGACCACGACACGCUGACCUUCUCGUCCGCGGCGCCCAAGUCGAACACGUGGCGCAAGAACGUGCGCGCGAACCCGACCGCGGCGCUCUGGCAGCCCAAGGAGGACGCCAUCGAGUGCAUGCGCUGCUCCGAGCUCUUCACGAUGCGCCGCUGGAAGCACCACUGCCGCGCGUGCCUCCGCGUCUACUGCCGCAACUGCGUCCAGAAGCGCACGGACGUGCCGACCUACGGCAACAAGCACGCCAUGUACAUCUGCCUCAACUGCUACUCCAACGCGCUCGCCGGCGCCCACAAGCUCAAGGACGUCGUCUUCUAG